CUUCGCUUCGCGUGUGAAUCUGGCUGUCCCCUCCGUAUUAUGUCUGCAAUCCGAAGGAAAUUUGGGGACGACUACCAGGUAGUGACCACCUCGUCCAGCGGCUCGGGCUUGCAGCCCCAGGGGCCGGGCCAGGGCCCGCAGCAGCAACUUGUGCCCAAAAAGAAGCGGCAGCGGUUCGUGGACAAGAACGGCCGGUGCAAUGUCCAGCACGGUAACCUGGGCAGCGAGACAAGCCGCUACCUCUCGGACCUCUUCACCACCCUGGUGGACCUCAAGUGGCGCUGGAACCUUUUUAUCUUCAUCCUCACCUACACCGUGGCCUGGCUCUUCAUGGCCUCCAUGUGGUGGGUGAUCGCUUACACCCGGGGCGACCUGAACAAAGCCCACGUCGGCAACUACACGCCCUGUGUGGCCAACGUCUAUAACUUCCCCUCUGCUUUCCUCUUCUUCAUCGAGACCGAGGCCACCAUCGGCUAUGGCUACCGGUACAUCACCGACAAGUGCCCCGAGGGCAUCAUCCUCUUCCUCUUCCAGUCAAUCCUGGGCUCCAUCGUGGACGCCUUUCUUAUUGGCUGCAUGUUCAUCAAGAUGUCCCAACCCAAGAAGCGCGCCGAGACCCUCAUGUUCAGCGAACACGCGGUGAUCUCCAUGAGGGACGGGAAACUCACGCUCAUGUUCCGGGUGGGCAAUUUGCGCAACAGCCACAUGGUCUCGGCGCAGAUCCGCUGCAAGCUGCUCAAAUCUCGACAGACACCUGAGGGUGAGUUCCUUCCCCUUGACCAACUUGAACUGGACGUAGGGUUUAGUACAGGGGCAGAUCAACUUUUUCUUGUGUCCCCCCUCACAAUUUGCCACGUGAUUGAUGCCAAAAGCCCCUUUUAUGACUUAUCUCAGCGAAGCAUGCAAACUGAACAGUUCGAGAUUGUCGUCAUCCUAGAAGGCAUUGUGGAAACAACUGGAAUGACUUGUCAAGCUCGAACAUCAUACACAGAAGAUGAAGUUCUCUGGGGUCAUCGUUUUUUUCCUGUAAUUUCUUUGGAAGAGGGAUUCUUUAAAGUUGACUACUCCCAGUUCCAUGCAACAUUUGAAGUUCCAACCCCACCUUACAGUGUGAAAGAGCAGGAGGAAAUGCUUCUGAUGUCAUCACCUUUAAUAGCACCAGCCAUAACCAAUAGCAAAGAAAGACAUAAUUCAGUGGACUGCUUAGAUGGGCUGGAAGACAUUACUACAAAACUUCCAUCUAAGCUUCAGAAGAUUACUGGGAGAGAAGACUUUCCCAAAAAACUGUUGAGAAUGAGUUCUACAACUUCAGAAAAAGCCUACAGUUUGGGAGAUUUACCUAUGAAACUUCAACGAAUAAGUUCAGUUCCUGGCAACUCAGAAGAAAAACUGGUGUCUAAAACCACCAAGAUGUUGUCUGAUCCUAUGAGCCAGUCUGUGGCUGAUUUGCCACCAAAGCUUCAAAAGAUGGCUGGUGGAACCACUAGAAUGGAAGGGAAUCUUCCAGCCAAAUUAAGAAAAAUGAACUCUGAUCGCUUCACAUAACAAUAGAUCCCCUUAAGGCAUUAUUUAAUGUUUGAUUUAGUUAUAGUCCAAUAUUUGGCUGAUGAGGUUAUUCCUCCAUAAGGAACCUAAAAAUUAUACCGUCCCCUAGCCCUGUAAUCAUAUUUGAACAUCCCUCCUUCCCAAUUAUUGCUACUGUACAGAAAGCAAAAGUUAUGAAGGAGGUACAUCAUAAGAGAGUCAUUAACAGGCAUGUAUUAUCACAUCAAGCAUGCAAUAAUGUGCAAAUUUUGCAUUUAGUUUUAUGGCAUGAUUUAUAAAUGGCAUAUUUAUAUUGUAUAUUCUUGGAAAAAAUAUAUAUAUAUUUAAUGGGAAGAUACUUCCCCAACAUUUCUAACAUAUGUAUUAAGCCAAACAUGAGUGGGUAGUUUUCAGGGCGAUAAAAUUACAUAUACAUGUAUAUAUACAUGUAUACACACAUAUACAUAUAUAUAUACAGACAUACGUUCAUACAUACAUAUAUAUCAGAUAAAAUGGUGAUGUUUUGUUCAAAGUUGUAGUUCUUGUGCAUGUUUCCUUUAUUAGACUAGAAAGGCUACUGACAUUAAUUAUUAAUACCAAAUAUUUUAGCCUUAAAUUAUUUGUCAUUUUAAACUCUGAUUUAGUGUUUUCUGCUGUUUAUGGUCUUGGAAGGUUUUCAACCGUGCUUUAUAUAUGAGAGAGUCAUGCAAGUUUGUGCUGCUUAUGGCACUGCAAAAACAUAACCAGUUUAUAGUUAACUUGUAAAAUUUAGAACAUACCAGUACUUGGUAUAUCAUUGAAAAUUUUUAUGAUUUCUAAAAAUUGCUAGUGCUGGUAAUAAAUGCUGAUUAAUUUGAAAAUUGUUCUUUUCCUGGACUAAUUAAAAUCUGAUCUAUGACCUAUUAUAAAUUUGAGCUUUGAACAAAUGCUGAAUCGUUAUAACAGUCAGUAGUCAAUUUUCAUUGAAUAUAUCAGAAUCUGUAUGAAAUAAUAUAAUUAUUAUUCCCCAUUUAAAACUGAGUCAAUAAGAAACCUUUUCAUUCCUUUUCUGGGAAUCACAUCCAUUUUAAAAACUGAUACUCAUUAAGGACACCCAACAUUGCAAUGAAACAUUAUCUAUGCCUAAA